AUGGAUGACGAGGAGUAUGCAGAGUACAUCAGAGGUGAGCUGAGAUGAGGUUUUCAUGCUUAACAGACGUUCUCCAUGCUCAUCCCAUUCCACAUGCAUUCGGCGACAUCAUUCCAGACGGUAUGUGGCGGCGAGCACAUGCUGCGGAUAUUGCUGCCCAGGAGGCGGCUGCUGAGAAAGCGAAGAAGAGAAAAGCGGAGCAAGAUGCAGCCAAAGCUGCGCGAGUGCAAGAGAGGAUCGAAGCCGCGUCGAAGAGGCAAGGUGUCGAGCUGGACGAAGCGAGGAUUCGUUGGGAGAAGGCCUGGUCCGACUUGAGUUCUUCGAUCCAGAAAGAACCCGAUGGAACGCUCAUGCAGGAUCUGAGGUAUCAAGACAUUCCUUGGCCCGCGACUAGAGAGCUCGGGCACUCACUGGACCUGGGACCCGACAGCUUGAGGCGUUUCCUGCUCGAGAUCACCCCUGCUGAUCGCACGCAGGCCAAGCAAUUGUCGGAUGAGCAGAGGAGCCGCGCGUCGAUGGGUGAUGCAGAGGCCACGCCUGGCAGCGAGGUCGCCAAUGCUCGCUUGAGGACGGCAUUGCGACGCUAUCAUCCCGAUCGCUUCUUUUCGCACAACGUUUUUGGCAGAGUGGCGGAGGUAGACAAGGAAAGGGUUCGCAAAGCCGUGGAGCAUGUCGCUCAGGGCCUGAGUGAGCUGGUGGGGCAGAGGAGAGCCUGA